AGGAGGUGGCGCCUUAUAGCGCGGGCGCGGCGGGCGCUGCCGGCAGAGCCGAGCCCAGCCGAGCCCUACCCUGGACAGCGCCUCGCCGCCGCGCCGCCAUGGAGCACCUGAAAGCUUUUGACCAGGAAGUAAAUGCAUUUGUGGACUACAUGUUUGGACCUCGAGACACCAGGGUUAGAGGAUGGUUCCUUUUGGAUUCUUACCUUCCCACAUUUUUCCUUACUGGAGCAUACCUACUCUGCAUAUGGCUGGGCAACAAAUUCAUGAAGAACAGGCCUCCUUUCUCUCUCAGGGCUCACCUCAUCGUAUACAACCUUGGGAUUACACUACUCUCCUUGUACAUGCUCAUAGAGCUCAUCCUUGCCACAUGGGAAGGAGGCUACAACCUGCAGUGCCAGAACCUUCACAGCGCAGGGGAAGCUGACAUCCGGGUAGCCAAGGUGCUGUGGUGGUAUUAUUUUUCCAAAGUAAUUGAAUUCAUGGACACUAUCUUCUUUGUGCUGAGAAAGAAAACCAGCCAGAUCACUUUCCUUCACGUGUAUCACCAUGCCACGAUGUUUAACAUUUGGUGGUGUGUUCUGAACUGGAUACCUUGUGGGCAAAGUUUCUUCGGACCCACUCUGAACAGCUUUAUCCACGUGCUUAUGUAUUCCUAUUACGGACUCUCAGUCAUCCCUUCCAUGCGCAAGUAUCUCUGGUGGAAGAAAUACCUCACUCAGGCACAACUGAUCCAGUUUCUGCUCACCAUUGUGCACACACUCAGUGCAGCUGUGAAGCCAUGUGGAUUCCCAUUUGGCUGCCUCAUGUUCCAGUCCUCCUACAUGGCCACACUGGUUAUUCUUUUCAUAAACUUCUACAUUAAGACAUACCGGAGAGCACCCUCAAGAACGGCGCUGAAGGAAACCCCUGCGACCACAGAAAUCAAGAACGGUUUCCAUAAGGACUACUUUGCUGCUGCCAAUGGAUUCCUGAACAAGAAGAAAGCACAAUAAGUAGAGGAAUUCCUUUGACUUUUUUUUUUUUCUAAAAAAAAGGAGGAAGAAAAAGAA